AUGGCUCUCCUGCUCCCCCUACUGACGGCCCUGGUGAUGUGCAGCUGUGGCCCUCUUGGGUCUCUGGGCUGUGACCUGCCUCAGAGCCAAGGUCGGCUUAGCAGGAAGACCUUGGUGCUUCUGGACCAAAUGAGAAGAGUAUCCACUUCCUUGUGUCUGGAGGACAGAAACGACUUCGGAUUCCCCCGGGAGAUGGUGAAUGGCAGCCAGUUGCAGAAGGCCCAGGCCGUGUCUGUCCUCCACGAGAUGCUGCAGCAGAUCUUCAACCUCUUCCACACACAGCGCUCCUCUGCUGCCUGGAACACCACCCUCCUGGUCAAGCUGCGCACUGGACUCCACCAGCAGCUGGAACACCUGGAGACCUGCUUGGAGCAGGCGAUGGCGGACGAAGACUCUGCCAGGGUGAUCGAUAACGCUACACUGGCGUUGUGGAGGUACUUCUGGAGAAUUCGUCUCUACCUGCGAGAGAAGAACUACAGUGACUGCGCCUGGGAAAUUGUCAGAGUGGAAGUCGUGAGCUCCUUCUCUUCCUCAACGAACUUGCAAGAAAAGUUAAGAAGCAAGGACGGAGACCUGGGGUCACUUUGA